CAGGGGCUGGUAUGAAGAUAUAUUAAGCAGCCCCUUUGCUGAAGCUUAGCAGGGCUGCAUCUGGUCAGUGAGGAUGGGUCAGGAAUUCUCUGUAUGGUACUUUGAGUUCUACCCUCGGAAAAAGGUAAGGGAUGUGUAACAGACAACAAAAGAAACCACCAUAAAGCAAAACUAGCUGCCAUUGUUAGAAAGGACCAUCUUUAAUAUCUUCUUUUUUCAUUUCCUUCUACAGUAACUCACCAGAAGCAAAAUGGCUUCAGAAAUAAGCAUUUGUGCCCUCUAAACUCCUUGCCCUUCUCUGGUCAAAAUCAGGACUCACUGAUUCAUCAAGGAUGGGGGUGGGAGACUUUUUCAGACUGAGGGCCACUUUUCCUUCUGGGCAGCCUUCUGUGGGCCACAUGCCAGUGGUCAGUGGAGCCAGAGAAACCAAUGCUGGACAAGGGAAAGACCAAAAGGGUUUGCCGAGUUCUGAAAUCCCACCUGCUGAGCGCCAUACAGUGGCGGAGGAAGCCACUCGGGCACCCGGGGCAGCGUGCCCAGGGGCUGCGCAAGCCGUCCAUAUGGGCGGGGCACAUCACAGGGCCUCCGGAGUCUGCCUGCCUCCUCCCACUCAGCCACCCUACAGCAGGGAGGCAGUGGGCCUACGUAGGCGGAGCCGACGCACCCAAGCCACCGCUUCUCUCCCAGGUAUUCAUUAUACUAUCCAUACACAAAUAUGAUGCAUAGGAAUGUGUGAACUUCCUUUAGCUGCCUUUGCAAGUGUUAACACACACACACACACACACACACACACACACUUCCAAAGCAGUUGUGGCACUGAGAAGUGUCAUUCAGAGCAGGCACUGAACAUGUCAGACAUUAAAUUGUAGAGAUAAGUUUGAAGGUAUUUGUGGCCAAUACCGGGGACUUACGGCAGCAGGGGCAGAGGAAGGGGGAGGUGGGGGCGGGCUGCCCCAUGUGUCACCACUGAGGGGGGUGACAAAAUGCCAGGCAGCACUCACCACGGGGCCUGCAGAGUGCCCAAUCUGCCACCCCUGUCCUUCCACUAUGUCUCCCACGUACCGUACUUCUACAAGGCAGUUUAUUGUGGACCCCGCGCUGCUCAUACAUGGCAAAUUUUGCACAAUACCCACACAGCACAGUCCUCAUCAAAAUGACACCCCAUAUUAUUUUAUGAUUUAAUCCAGAAUGCACCAUUUCUAUGGAAAAUCCGAUGUGUAAGAAAGGCCCACGCAUUGUUGCGGGUUGCUUUGGACAUGUUUUCAUGUAAAUGUGUUUAUAUUAUAAUAUAAUAUAAUAUACCCCAUGCGUAUGCUUGGAGAUCAAGCAACUAAGAAGUUAAACUACAAAUGAUAAUGAUGGUAAUUAGGAUUAUCAGGGUUAAAGGAGGAGUUGUCAGUUGGCAUUUUGUGGAUGUUGCGAAAAAACUUGCAUGCAUGAACAUCAACUUAAAGAAUAGCACAUGUUAUUGCAGCAUAAGCUCUCAUGGACUCAAGUCCACUUCAUGAGAUGCACUUUUCUUCAGAGUGUUUCUUCAAGUCAUAGCACUGGCACAGUGGCAUGGCAUGGGUUGCAGGCACCUGGGGCAGGUAAGCUGCUGCCACAGGACCACCCUCCCUUCAGAGCCAAACGGGGACAUGCUGUGCCGCCUGCCCACCCACACAGUGGGGAGCCCAGCCAGCCAAUGCAGCCCUUGGCAAAUGAACCCCCUGACAUCCAUGGAGAGGACUGGGGUCACCCCCUGCCCACUUCCCUCCAUUUGUGCCUGCUCACUGUGGGCCUGGGCUGCUCCUGCUGCCAUCUGGAGAGCUUGGUGUGCCAAGCACAGAGUGAGCAAGCACUGACCAGGUGGCCAUUUUGCAAGGGGACCAGCCUUGGUGUGGCCUGGAACCCCCGACAGCUGGCAGGCAGCAGACAGUGAAAGACAGGGAACAGGGGACAGGGUCUGCCAGGACAUGCCUGGGCAGCAGCGGCAGCUACCCAACGGGCUGCUCUGCCACCUUCCCUGGGGCAGGAUGUGGAAGCCAAUGCCUUUGUGGAUGCACCUGGUUGUACCCCUUCAGAAUUUUGCACCCAGGGCCACGAUCCCAUCUCUCCCCCCCCCCCCCCCGCAGUGGCACGGCCUUCUACUGUGUGCCUGUUUUUGUUGUGGCUGAUUUGCUUUGGCCAGUUGCAAUUGAUGAAUGCUACUCUUGGCUUUAAUCUGUUAAUUAAAUAAGCAACUGUAUUUGUAAACCGUCCUGGGAUCACAGAUGACAAGCAGUGGUACAGAAAUCAAAUCAAUAAACAUAGCCUGCUGAUUUCAGUGUGGGUGGCUUACACUGAAGUAAACUGCCUUAUUUCAUAUCUGAGAAGUUUGCAGCUGAUGUUACUGCCCCUGGUUACUUUCCUCCCUCCUAUUUUCUGUAACAAUGUGCUCUAUGGGGCACAAGAAUGCAUUUGCCUGGCACCUCUCGGCACCCUCUGCCAAAACACAGCUUGGCCUCGAAGCAGCCGAAGCAGCUGUAAUGUGUGGCAGCAACAGCUGAUCUCCAUUUUAUGACUAGUAACCCCAGUUACAAUCCAUGAUUUUUCGGUCUGCCUGGAGCUAUUUAUAGCCGCUCCAAAUAGGAAAAGAAGAGGGGCAUGAGGAGGAGGCUGCGAAGAACAUGUGCAGCUGUUUGCUCCCCUUUCCUGUCGCAGCCCCUGGAGGGGAGAUUCAAAUAUUCCAACAAAACAGGAAGGGGGGGGGUGAAUGAGGAACAGCUGCUAAAGGGGAGGGAAGAAAUGCGCCCUAUAGGGAAAGCCAGCAGACUUCAGGAAAUAGACAGCGGUCCACAGAUGCUUUAAAAAAAUAAAAAUAAAAAGAGACUUUAUUAGGAUUCCACCUAGGGAUUUAGGGGAGAGCCAGCCAGAGCCUCCACACCCUGAUGCUAAAAGGGGGGCUUCCAACACUACAGUUCUAUAAUUCUAUGAAAUCACACUAAGCUGGAAAUGGAUGGACUUUGCAAGCUAAACAGAGACUCAGCAGGGAGAGGCAGCUUGGCUCUGAUGGCUUCAUUCUCUCCACCCUUGCAUUACAACCAUGCUCACCCCCACCCCACAGACCCCAAAGGAAAAAUGGUUUCCCACAGUGUCCGCUUGGGUGUGUUUCAUAAAGGCCAUACCAGAGUUCCAGAAAUUUUCUUUUUCUUUUAAUUAUGCCUUAGGAAAUGGGCCAGGGCAGAGCACUAGAUCUCCCUCAUUGGAUUUCUACUGGUGAAUAGUACAACAGCUAGUCUUACCCAUGGCAUAUUGUGAAGCAUUCGUUUCGAGUUAGGGUUGCCAACUUUUCUACCUGUUGCUGUAGCUGGGCAUUUAGCCUCAGCUAAGCAAGCAGAUAUCAGCAGGGGAAAAUCUGCAAUGCUCCCCUGCUGAUGUCUGUACAUCUUAAGUGGCUGUUUAAAGGUACAGGAACAAGCCUGGUUGGUUCAGUGCCUCCCCCCCCCCCCGCCGCCAAUUAGUUGGCACCUCUAUUUUGCCCAGUGCUUCUCAUCUGUAUCUUUUCUACCCCACCAUUUCAAAAGUACCCAGCGUAUUUUGAGUGUGUUUCUUCUCAAUGACUUUCCUUUCUCUCUUAUUCAGCUUCUGCUUUCCCUGUGCUGCUGCCUUUUUGACUGCCCCCCCAACAAAUAAAACAACCCACAAAAUCUUCUGAGUUGUGCACUGACAUGUGCAAGGUGACCAUGUCUGUGUGCAGAUGGAGAGGGAAACCUGGGGAGUUGGUUGGAUGGUUCCUGCAGAGCCAGAGCCACCAGGAGACACCCCCCCCCCCCACUGUCUGAUGGCUGGGAUGGGGAAUCCGGAGUCCUCCAAAUGUUGUUGAACUACAACUCCGAUCAUCCCUGACCAUUAGCCAUGCUGGCUGGGGCUGAUAGGAGUUGGAAGCCCCCCCCCCAAAAAAAAAUCUGGAGAGCCACAAAUUCUGUGAGCUUCCCCCAUUUUCAUAUUGUUUAACAUCUACAUGAAACCACUAGAAGUUAUUCAGCCUUCACAACUCACCAACCAAGCCUCUGUGCAGAGGAAGUUCUGUAACUUUGGUGGCGCAAAAGAAAAAACCUGUCUCGGGUCCCAGCCCAUCAUUCCUCUGAUGGUGGUGGGAUGCAUAGUAGAGCCUCUGAUGUUGAGUACAAUGGGUGGACAGGAUUCAGUGGGAAGAGGGACUCCUUCAAACAUCCUGGUCCCUAAACCAUUUGGUGCUUUUAAGGUCAGAACCAGCACUUGGAAUUGUGUCUGGAAAUGAGUUAGAAGCUGGUGCAGAUGACACCAGGUUGUGGCUAAGGCUGAUGGAACAAGACACAAAGUGGGCUCUAGAAACCAACCUGGCCACCCCAUUACGUUGUGGAAAAUGCUUCUCACGCUUCCUACAUUUCUGUGUCUCAAGCUGCCAUUAAAAGUUUUGAAACAGGGCCAGGAAAAUAGUGGCAAUUCUUGCUCACCCACACAAAGAGAGGUGAAGGAAUCUGAAGGUUUCAGGCUAGGAUGACCACUUGACCAAUUCCAGAAUCUCAAACAGUGGUCAUAGGCAUAGGAAGGCUGCAAUGCUGAACCUACUUGCUGAGGGGCAAAUUUCCCUGAUGUUAGUGGGACAUAUUUCUAAGCAACCGUGCCUAGGAUUGCGUUGCCAGGCCCUUCUGCCUCACAGCAUCCCUGGCAAAUCUCCCAAUCUGGGAAGAAAAGAAGAAGCAGGCCAGUGGGUAGAGCUGAUACAGAUCUCCAAAAUCAUGAAUGGUGGGGAGAAUGUCGACAGAGAGGAACGUUUCUCAUUGCAAACAACAGGCAGGGCCAGCAUCAAAGCUUGGUCUGGUUGGGCACCUGCCAAGGGCCCAUAUCUGAGCAGGGGCACCAUUGAGAAGACUCAGCCUACUGGACUUGGUCUUCUCAUUGCAACCUCUUGUUCACUUGCCCCUCACUCUUGCUAACAAACAACAGCUGGGGGGAGGAGCUAACCACUGGACCUGCUUGCUCAGAGCUGCACCUGGCAAGAAGUGGUGAGGGAGAGGAGCAGCAACAGCUAGCAACAAUGGCAAGAAGGGGAUAGGCUGAUGGAUGGGACCUGCUGAGGGUGUCUUGCCUAAAGCCUCCCCCCCAACCCCCCGUCCCCCAAAGCAGGACUUCAUAGGCAGGAGAUCAGGCUUCACCAGUCAUGAAACUGUGGAGCUGGAAGGGACCCAAAGGGUCAUCUUCCAACCCCCUGCAAAACAGCCCCACCCAUGCUGGCUGGAGUUGAUGAGAGUUGUAGUCCAGAAUAUCUAGAGGGCACCAGGUUGGCAAAAGAUGCAGUUGAUUCAGAAGAAGAAACAAACAAGUACUUAUUUGCACUUUGCAUUUUAUCUUUUGUUUUUAUGCUGUGAACUGCCCUGAGAUCGUUGGAUGAAGGGCGGUGUACAAAUUUAAGAAAUAAAAUAACUAAAUAAAUAAUUAGCUUGUAGAAUUUUCUGCCACAAGAUUUUCUGAUCACCUCUAGCCCAGAUGGCUUUAACAAAAUAAAACAAAAAUUGGACAAAAUGCUGGAGGAUAAUUCUAUUCCAAAUGGGUCUUUGUUGCUCAAAGGUAGUAUACCUGAUACCAAAUGCUGAGGACAAAGCAUAGGGAAGGGCUGUUUGCCUUGGUGCCCUGUCUGUGGGCUUUAUCUGGUCAGCCAAGAUUGGAAAGAGGCUUCUGGGCUAGAUGGCCCCACAACUGAUCCAACAGCUUUGUUCUUGCGUUUUUAACCCUGACCUGUAGUCCCUGCAGUGUACAGCCUACAUCCCUUACCUGCUUGGUGCUGUGAGGGUUAAAGGAAAGCAAUGAGGCAGGAAGCAGUUACAUGGAGGAGAAAGUGCAAAAACCCCAAGCCUGCCUCUCACUUUUCCCGCUCUGCACCUGCAGUGUGGGUGCUUAUCAGAUCAAAAGGCAAACCACGUUUCCCAUGUCACUCGCAGGUGCAGCGCCUGCCUGCUGGCGCCUCCUUUCUCUCCAGGCUUUUGACACCUGAAGUCUGCUCCUGCAGAAGGGUGGCUUGUCCGUUUAACAUCUCAUUUUUGAGACAACCAGAGAAUAAAGGUCCAGGUUGAAGGUGGCAGCAGGGGUGGGGUUGGGGAGGGAGGAGGAGGGAGAGGGAAGCAAGCAAACGUUGAGCUCUUUAAUUUCAAGUAAGAAGUGCCUUAAAUCAGAGAGUGUCCCUGCAGAUGUUUUAAAGCACAAUGAUGAGAACAGUUGAAAACAACUUACAGUCACAGAAAGAAGGUGCAUCCUAAAACCUCUCUCCCCCCCCCCCCCCGGUGUCAAAAGCCAGAGUAAAGAGGAGGCCUUGGCCGCAGCCAGGCUGCCAGUGGUAUGAAUGAUAGAACUCGUAAUCCAACAACAUCUAGAGAGCCACAGGAUCCCCAUCCCCAAUGGCUAUGCCAGUGAGCUGAGCUCUAGAAUUAUGGUUGCUAACUCUUAAACUAAAAAAUAGCUAAGGAGAGGGACUUGUGGCUGCUGGGAAGGUCUGUGGGCAAAGGCCAGAGAGCCCUGAUCAUUCAUUCAUUUUUGCAAGUCUGGGGCAGAGUGGCCAGAGCAUUGGACAGGGCUCAAAUUCCCACUUAGCUAUGAAGCUCACUGAGCCACUUGCUCCUUCUGAGCCCAACCUACCUCGCGGGGCUGCUGUUGCAGCAAUAAGAUGGGGAGGAGGGAGCUUGAACUCCCUGUGGUAGAUUAUUGGGGUGAGCUUGAGAGAGGAACCCAGUUCACAAGCUGCCAUACAUUUGGAGUACAUUUAAAGCACAUACCACUCUCCCAUAGAAUCCCAGGAACCAUAGCUUGUGAAGGGUUCUAGGAACUGUGGCACUGUGAGGGGCACAAUUCUUUGGGGGAAGCAAUGUGCUUUAAAUGUCUGGUGUGGCUCUGGUUGGUAGAUAAUGCAAUGGGAGUGAGGGUUUGACUGAAAAACAAAGUAGAUCUAAAAAGCCUGAUAUUUGCCUGUCCCUGGGUCUAGGAUGCCAACAAAUCCCUCCAGAGAGACCUAUUCUUUAACUGGUGCAUUCAAUACUACCUGUCCAAAAUUCUCAGUGUGGUAGCUAUGAAACCCUGUGAAAUAUUGUGCGCCUUGCCAGUUGAAACUAAAUGGCUGAUUCAUAUCUACUGGUGGAUGGAUGUUGAGGAAAGGAAGGAGAUACGACAUUUCAACCUGCCAGUUCUUCAAAAGGAGUGAUGCCACUGAAUGAGUUGCCAGGGAGUCAAACUGGGGUGCUUGAGGGGGUAUACUCUGAGAAAGAGCAACAACUUUCUCUCCUGCAUCCCAUCUCUUCCCCACUCCAGUCUCUUCCCAGGGGCGGGAGAAUGCAACACCUUAUCAUGGGUGUAGCCAGGGGGUGCGGGGGGGGGGGAGCAGCUGCCCCACUAAAUCAAAUAAAUAAAUAAAAACACUGAACUCACUGAACUCAGUUGUGUCACAGAUAACUUGGUUUUGCCCCCCCCCACAAUAAAGCCUGACACCCCCUAAAAUAAUUCCUGGCUUCACCCAGGCACCUUAUGUAUUUCUUUUUCACUGUGGGAAGAACAUCCAUGAAUUUUGGCUUUGGGACAGCUAUAGAUAUAUUUCAGAAGCCAGGAGAGAGAAGGUGUGAAGGGACCAGGCAGAAUGACAGGCCUGGGGAGAAAUGAGGCUUUUGUACAAACAAAAGCUAUGGCUUGACAUCGAUGUCUUCUUCAUUGCUACAGCUCAUAUCCUCUCCCUCCAAACUCUGGUGCAUCAAUCAAAAUUGGGAAGGAUAAAAGAGAAGCACGGCAGAGACUCAGUGUCUGCUCAGCUUUCUCCAUUGAUGAACCAUGGCUUGGCUGCUUUGGGAACACCACUAGAUUGUGACUUUGGGACUCACCUCAGGCAGCAGCGCUGAGUGGUUUGCCAGUGCCCGGGGGGGCACAUGGGCACUGGGGGGGGCACAGAGUGCAGGGUGAAUGGAGCCUGCUGUGCCACCCCAGCGCUUGCUGCCGCCGUCAGAGCAAUCCCCCACCGGAGCAGAGUGGACUUCCUGACUCCUCUCUAGCAUUGAGACUGUGUGCACCAUCAGACUUAUUUCCUGGUAUGCUGAGGUUCAGGACAUCAAGCAUGCAAUGGGGAAAUAGUGUGCCUACUGCCCCAUAUAUGGCUUGGCUUUCACUGUGUUGACCUCUGUAAUGAUGUAAGCUCUGGGUCUUGCCUUCUGACCAUAUGAUGCUCAAAACACCCCAGUUUCAGACCUCCCCAGCACUCUGCUGAGUAAUUGUGGCAUCUUGGUUAACAUGUGUCCUAAAUUUCAACUUUCUGGGUCAGGCAGAUGGUCUGAAAAAAUAAUUGACAUACACUUCAGUUCCUUUGUUUUGAGUAAUGAUGAAUAAUAGUGUUGAGCAGCAAACUCCCUUCAACCCAGAAUCGAAUUGGCAAUUAUGAAUACUUGGAGUAUGAAAUAAUUGUCUGGGGUUUUUGCACACCGCCCUCCUUUUCCAGGGUGUAUGUGAGUCCCUACAAUGCUGCCUGGGGCAUGUAGCAUGGAGGCAGCAUGUUGCCUAGAUGACUAGGCUGAGGAUCACUCAUUGAGCAUCCAAGUCGUAAAAUGGGAGGCUCAUCCCCACCCCCUGCAAAAUGAAUGACAUAAGCGAGCCUCUGUGAAGCUAAUGCACAAUAAUCUUUUCCUUGGUGGAGUAAGCAAGAUUUGGGACAUCUCCCUGACCCACAUACUCAGGGCUUUGGCUCAGCGGUAGGCAACCUAAGGCCCGUGGGCUGGAUGUGGCCCAUUCACCUUCUCAAUCCGGCCCGCGGAUGGUGCGGGAAUCAGCGUGUUUUGACAUGAGUAGAAUGUGUCCUUUUAUUUAAAAUGCAUCUCUGGGUUAUUUGUGGGGCAUAGGAAUUCGUUCAUUUUUUCCCUUCAAAACAUAGUGAACCGGCCCACGGCUGAAAAAGGUUGCUGACCCCUGCUUUGGCCUGAUCUGCUCAGUUGUGGGUCUUUUGCUUAGCUAGGGCAGGACCCCACCUGAACAGCUACCUAUCCUAGGGUUGGGAUUUAGCAAUCUUCACGGUUGGGGCUGGAGUAAAAAGUGGGUGGGGCCAAAGGUGGGCAGGGGCAGCCCUGUCUUUCCAUUUAUUUCUCCUUCCUGCCCUCUUUGCUAACCCCCUUCCCUGCUCCUUGUCACCCAAAUGAAACCAAGCAGACGGCUCUAUGCACCCGCGGAUCCCUUCAUGAUUCAAUUGCUUGCACGCUGGCAAAGCAUGACCUGGGGCCAUACCUGAUUUUUCCUCCCCAAAUUUUGAAUUUCCUUGACCAACUGCAACACACUGUUCUGUGAGUGACAUACUCCUUUUUAAAAGUUCUAACUUAAGAAAAUAAGAAGAGCCCUGCUGUGUCAGGCCAGGCAUUGAUCUCGUGCACCAUCCUGCCCUCGCAGUGCUUGGAGGAAGCCCACAAGCAGGACAGGAGUGCAACAACCCUCUCUCCAGUUGGGGUUCCCAACAAAUGUUAGUCAAAUCAACUACAAUUUAAUCUAGGGUAGGGGUUAAAUCACUCAACUUGUAAUUGGUAUUGUAAGGGUGAUUUAGUGGAGUGUUUGGCUAGAACCGGAGAGGACUUGGGUUCAAAUCCCUCCUCUGGCAUGAAGCUUUUUCACCUGUUGUUUUCCAGCCAAGGAUGAUGUGGCAUCCAGCCAGGUAAGGUGAGAAAAGGCCCACCCUUUGUCUGUAUGGCAACAGGGAACCCUCUUUGGACAUGUAAAUGGAAGCUCUUAACUGGCCAGUAUCUUACAAAGAGACUUGUCUGAUCCAUUCAGUGUAGAUUCUAACCUCAAAGGCCUGGAAGGGAUCCACAGAUGUCAUCCUGACUGACCCCGCAAACCAAAACAAUUAUAUACAUGCCUAUUUUAAAAUAAGCCCCAUCAACUGCAGCGCUCCCAAGUGAGUGAGUAUAGGAUUGUAGCCUUGGGCUAGUCACUAUCUGCCAUUCUGCAUCCUUGGUGGAAAGUGGAGGGAUAUAAAUAUAAUAAAAUACAUAAAUGAUAAAACAAACUCUCUUCUGAGCAUUGGUAGAGCAUGAACCUCUUCAUCUCAGGGUUGUGGAUUCAAGCCCUGUUGGGCAAAGAGAUUCCUGCGUUGCAAUGGGGGGAGGGGGGCUAGACCAGAUUACCCUUGGGGUCCCUUCCAAAUCUACAAUUCUGUGAUGCUACAUAGGAGCAAUGGCUACCAGCUUUAGCGUGCUUACUAGGAUAAAUGCACAUAGGUUUGCAAUAUCCUUGUCUUAAAGUACAAGCAGAGAAAGAGUUCCAAGGCAAGGGAGCUCUCCUCUGAAUGUACCUUGCCAUUAGGUGCUGGGGAAAUUUGUGUUCUGGGCCUGCUCUUUUUAAAAAGGUUUUGGCCUCGUUGCUGCGUUUGAGGGAAACACCCACACAAUUGACAAACUUUUCUAGUAAUCCUAUAUUCUCUGAGUAUCACACUUUUAGGUAGUGUGGCAGUGUGCCAACAAUUCUGAGACAUCCAUAUGUGAUCAAGAGAGCCCGAAGGCUUGGGAAAGUGCUCUGUGUGGCUGCACUGCAUCUUUUAGGGCUUCAUUGACUGGGCAGCGUGGGCUUUCUGAGCAAUUCCACAAAUAGCUCUGUCAAAAUCCCUCUGCUCCUGACACAAAUGUUGCCUUUUUAUUAUUAUUGGCAGGACGUCUUCUGAUUGCUUCUGCACUGGAUACUUUCUGGGUAAUAACAGCACUCUGUUUACUCACUUUUUACAGAAUGUCUUCACUACAUCAUUAACAACCCCCCCCCCCUGCACUUGUAUUGCCGUCCCCAGGUUCAGCUUCCAUUUUUGUUCAGUGGGUUUCAGUGGGCCUUACUCCCAGGUAAGGGUGUGGGGGGGCUAUGGUGUUUAAUCUAGGCAGCCAGGGCUCCUCCGGAUGACAAGAUCUUUUUACACCAGGUCAGUGAGGACCACUUGCUUUUUUAAAUUCUCCCAUACAUACAGAACUCCCUGUGCACUUUUGGACUGUAUCUGUUGAUUUCCCCCUCUGUGACAAAUAACUGGGGUUUUUAUAAUACAUGGAAGAUGGAUCUCCCUCAGGAGAUUCUGGACUCUCCUUCCUUAGAGGUUUCUAAGCAGAGGUUGAAUGGCCAUCUGUCUUGGAUGCUUUAGCUGAGUUUCGUACAUUGCAGGGGUUGCACUAGGAAGAUGAGCCUUGGGGCCCCUUCCAGCUCCGUGAUUCUAUGUUUUUCUGCUUCAACAAUAUUUCACUAUGGUCCUAGCAUUUUAAGUAAUUGUAUUUUGUAUAAAUUAUUAAAAUUAUAAAUAAAACGUUCUAUUUACAAAAAAACAAAACAUUUAUAUAGCUACCUUUCUACUGGUAGGAUGGGGGGAGCAUGAACGUAGCCAGGAUUUUUGUUAGGGAGGGCAGAACCUCAUAUUUGUAUUGAUUUUUAUUGAUUUGUACUUAUGGGGAGGAGCUGCCCCCCUUAGGGCCCCACCCAUGAGGGGCCCAGGAAGGAAACAAGGUCAGAAGAGGGCCAUGGUCGGAAAAAGGUUAGGAAACACUGGAUUACCCUGUGGAUCUUGUUCUGUCUAUUCAUGCCAGUAGCUCAUUGGUGUGGGUGGCACCCGUACUGAUUGGAUCUUGCGCUCAUGUGAUUGGAUGCAUGAAUGCUGUAUGCUCCCAAUAGGAUUGUGGCAUACCAGACCAAUAUUCCUUGCAUUGCAUGAUACACUGGUCUCCUUUAUAAAAACAACACCAAAACGAAUGAUUAAAUUUUAUUUUGGCUCCACUUGCCACACCUACUGUACUUGUUUGAGACCAUUUCAGGCAUCUGAUGAUGUAUAGAAUCAUAGAAUCAUAGAAUCAUAGAAUCAUAGAGUUGGAAGAGACCACAAGGGCCAUCGAGUCCAACCCCCUGCCAAGCAGGAAACACCAUCAGAGCACUCCUGACAUAUGGUUGUCAAGCCUCUGCUUAAAGACCUCCAAAGAAGGAGACUCCACCACACUCCUUGGCAGCAAAUUCCACUGUCGAACAGCUCUUACUGUCAGGAAGUUCUUCCUAAUGUUUAGGUGGAAUCUUCUUUCUUGUAGUUUGGAUCCAUUGCUCCGUGUCCACUUCUCUGGAGCAGCAGAAAACAACCUUUCUCCCUCCUCUAUGUGACAUCCUUUUAUAUAUUUGAACAUGGCUAUCAUAUCACCCCUUAACCUCCUCUUCUCCAGGCUAAACAUGCCCAGCUCCCUUAGCCGUUCCUCAUAAGGCAUCGUUUCCAGGCCUUUGACCAUUUUGGUUGCCCUCCUCUGGACACGUUCCAGUUUGUCAGUGUCCUUCUUGAACUGUGGUGCCCAGAACUGGACACAUUACUCCAGGUGAGGUCUGACCAGAGCAGAAUACAGUGGCACUAUUACUUCCCUUGAUCUAGAUGCUAUACUCCUAUUGAUGCAGCCCAGAAUUGCUUUGGCUUUUUUAGCUGUCGCGUCACACUGUUGGCUCAUGUCAAGUUUGUGGUCAACCAAGACUCCUAGAUCCUUUUCACAUGUACUGCUCUCAAGCCAGGUGUCCCCCAUCUUGUAUUUGUGCCUCUCAUUUUUUUGCCCAAGUGCAAUACUUUACAUUUCUCCCUGUUAAAAUUCAUCUUGUUUGUUUUGGCCCAGUUCUCUAAUCUGUCAAGGUCGUUUUGAAGUGUGAUCCUGUCCUCUGGGGUGUUAGCCACCCCUCCCAGUUUGGUGUCAUCUGCAAAUUUGAUCAGGAUGCCCUUGAGUCCAUCAUCCAAGUCGUUGAUAAAGAUGUUGAAUAAGACCGGGCCCAAGACAGAACCCUGUGGCACCCCACUAGUCACUCUUCUCCAGGAUGAAGAGGAACCAUUGAUGAGCACCCUUUGGGUUCGGUCAGUCAGCCAGUUACAAAUCCACUGAGUAGCAUAGUCAAGACCGCAUUUUACCAGCUUCUUUACAAGAAUAUCAUGGGGCACCUUGUCAAAUGCCUUGCUAAAAUCAAGGUAGGCUACAUCCACUGCGUUCCCUUCAUCUACCAGGCUUGUAAUUCUGUCAAAAAACAAGAUCAGGUUAGUCUGACAUGACUUAUUUUUCAAAAAUCCAUGCUGACUGUUGGUGAUCACAGCAUUCCUUUCUAGGUGCUCACAGACUGUUUGCUUAAUGAUCUGCAUGUAGGGUUGUCAUAUUUCAAAAAGUGAAAAUUUGAGCUAGUUUUAAGGAAAUUCUCCAAAAUGUAGACUCCUGACAUCAGCUGCCAUAUGUCUGGAUUUCCCCAGACAUUUUUAGCUAUUUCUGCCCAGACACAGCUUCCAACUGCAGUAUUCCAGCUGUGUCUGGGAAAUUCCGGGCGUAUGGCAACCCCAGAUAAUGUGGUCUCUGGCUCACAGAAGCUUAUGUGACACAAUGCACUUGCUGCAUCAUGCAACUUCUUGUUGAUUCAGGGUGGGUGGAAGGUGGACGAGUCCAGCUCUACUGUUUGGCAGGGUGAUGUGACUCUCUCUCUCUCUCUCUCUCUCUCUCUCUCUCUCGUCAUGGCUCUUUAUUGGUUUCAUUAGAUAGUACAUCUAUUCCAUUCAUCAUCAACAAAUAUCAUAGAGUACAGAAAAGAAAAAAUCAUGAAGAAACACCCCUACUUAUUAAAAAUAUUCAACACCAUGUAUCUCUGUAACUUUAAAUCAUAAAGAAAUAAUCGCCUAUUUUCUAAUGUGACUUCUGUCUACCUCACUGCAGGACCCUUCUUUCUUUUUUAACUGCAUCCUUUUUCACCUUAUCAGUCACCAUCAUCAAAUAAAAUACAUUAUCCAUCUUUCAUGCAAUUUGCAAAAAUUAAACAAAGCACACUAAAGAUUUUAUUUGGGAGCAAUGUUUUUUUAAGUACCCUCUAUAGUGCUCCCACUCAUUUAUAAACUUUUCGUUUAUUUGAUUCCUGAUUAUUUCUGUCAUCUUUGCAAGUUCCAAAUACUCAAAGAGUUUUAUCUGCCAUUCUCCUCUCGUUGGAGUUUUCUCUCCCUUCCAAUCUUAAGCAAUCUACAUUCUUGCUGCUGUUGUGUAUAGGAAUACCCUUCUCUUAUUGCAAAUGUUUGUUUGAAUUUUUUUUAACUUCCUCACCACAUGUGUUACAUUGUUCCCUCAGCCUGUUUGCACCUCCAGCAUAUGUUUAAAUUUGUUUUGUACAUUUUUGGCAAUUUUCUGGGGGUCAUGUGCCAUCUAUAAAACAUUUUCAUGAAGUUUACCUUCAGUGGGUAACAAACAGUAAACUUUAGAAAUUUAGUCCAUAAUUUUUCCCAAGCAUCCAUCUGAAUGGUAUACCCAAAAUCCUUUGACCAUUUAAUCGUUCCUUCCUUGACUUCUUCCUCUUUUACUUCCCAAUCUAGCAGGAGUCUAUACAUUUUAGAUAAUAGUUUCCUUUUAUUUUGUAUUAAGUCUUUUCGCAACCUUAAAACUUCUGUCGCAAAUCUUUUUUCUUCUAUCUAAUUUUAAAAUGUCAUUUAUUUGAUGGUACUGCAGCCAAUCCAUGAAACGAUGUCUUAUUUCUUCAAACUUUCUCUAUUUUAAUUGGUUUUCUUCCUCCUCUAAUAUUUCUUUAUAGGUUGCCCAGUUUCCCCCCAUAUGGUUCCUCUUUACUGAAAUGGCCUCUAGGGGGAUAACCACCAGGGUGUUUUUUGUUCUAAUAGGUUUUUAUACCUAUCCCACACUGUAUAUAAUGAUUUCCUUAUUAUAUGAUUCAGAAAGCUCUGUGUACUUUGACUUUUUCAUAGCCUAUGUAAGCAUGCCAUCCAAAUCUAUUGUCCCAUCCCUCCAAAUUCAAUAAAUCUGUAUUCUGCAAGAUUAUCCACUCUUUUAUCCAACAUAGGCAGGAUGCUUCAUAGUAAAGUUUCAAGUCUGGCAAUGCAAAGCCCCCCACUAUCCUUAAUAUCAAUUAAUAAUUUAUGCUUUAUCCUGGGUUUUCCCCCCUGCCAAAUAAAAUUUGAUAAAUCCCUCUGUCAUUCCUUGUGACCCCCGCAAUGCAGCUGAUUUUGAGUAUGCAAAAAGGGUUGCAAAUAGAUCGUUCUUUAUUUAAUUUUCUCCCUUUUACUCCCUGGGACAGUUGCUUGUGAGGUUUUCUGCCUCAGAUGCCCCAGGCCUUGGGUACUGGGCAGCUUCAGCUGAACAGUUUUCUUGACUCUGGGAAGCUCUUUUGGUUGAACUCUCUGAUUUAGAGGCCUGAUCGGAGCAAAUAACUGUGGUGUAGUUUGUGAUGAUAAAAGUGGCAGCUAAUGUAUGUGGGAUUAUAGGGGAACAUAUGAGCUGGCAAGGAGGAUCACAAUUUAUUUGGCUGGCUCGUUUCGAGAGAAUGCCGGAGCCUUAAGUGAAUUUCCAUUCCUGGGUUUGGGGAUUUGGCACAAGGACACAGGAGGAUUGCAGCAGCCCUUACUCAGGCUUUGCAUAGUUGCUUUGUGGUAUUAUGAUGAUGAUGAUGAUGAUUAUUCCAUUUGUGUGUAUAAGUGAAUCCAGAAAAGAAAUGGGACUUAGCAAAGCCAGGGAUUGUUGAGAUCCUGGGCCACAAAGACAGGAAUCUCAGAUAAACCAUUGACACACAGAGCAUUUCCCUUUUCUGGAUAGGACUUUGGCCAAACAAAACAAAAAACUCUUUUCCCCCAGCAGGAAGUCUCGCUCAAAGGCUUUUGUUGUGACCAAGUGUAGAUGCUGAUCACAGACAAACUGGGGAGUCUGAUUUGGAGAGAAUUAUCUCUACACAGAAUCCUUUGCCCUGUUCAGCUGUUCAGAGAUGUUCUAUUUUACCCCAACAUUUGGGUCAGGGGCCAUAGCUGAAUUAUUAUGGAGCAGAUGAUACUUUCAUGCAGAAGGUCCCAGACUCAGCCCCUGGCGUCUCUAGCAAGAAGGAUCAGGUAGCAGGUGCUGGGGGAAACCUCCCUGUCUGCACAAUACCCUGGAGAGCAGCUGCCAGUCAGAGUAGGACAAUACAGGGCUAGACAGACUGAUGGCAUAAAGCAGCUUCUUAAAUUUCCAACAGGGAUGUAAUCUGAGCUAGGGUUUCCCAGGGCUGGACUCUAGAUAGAGCCUGAUCAGUUUUACCCUACCCUUCUUUCUUAAAACAAUAAACAUUUCAGUUGCCAAAGCUAAAGGUCACUCCACUGAAAGAGCCACUGUGAGCUCUCUCUAUUUUUAAAAUUUUUUUGCAAAGUCUUCUUUGCCCAUAGUUGUUCCGACUGAACAACUGAAAGGAAAGAAGGCAGUUUGAAAGAAGGCUGGCUUGCGCUCAUCUGAGGCUCACCUCUGGCCCUACUGGCUGGGAUGUGGGACUGCUGGCCCUCUAGAUGUUUGUUGGACUAAAGCUCCCAUAUUCCUGACCAUUGGCCAGGCUGGCUGGGGCUGAUGGGAGCUGGAGCCCAAGAACGCCUUCAGGGUCACAGACUCUUUCUCCUGGGCUGCUCUAAAGCCUGUGGAACAAAAUAAAUGUGUGUACAUGGCGAAAAGGAAAGCAAAGGCUUUCUCAAAGCACAGCAAGUCUUUUCCAAACUACAUUCUAAUUUCCGCUGGAGGAGGGAUCUUUUUUAUAUAUCAUUAGCGCUGUUCUGAUCCUUCUGCAAACAAAAGGGAAAAGACACAUUCAGAACCUGGGAAUUGGUGGGGGUGGAAAUCGGGGGGGGGGGGGGCUGCUGUCUCUUCUCCCUUACUCCAAAGUGAGCCCAAUUAAAAGACUUUGGGCAGCAUCUGUGAAAGGGGUUUGCCAGUCUGAUCUUUUUAUUAUUUCAUUGAUAUCCCAUGUGAAGCUCAUCCCACACAACCACUGACCCAGUGAAAUUCAUGUGGGAGUGGGGAGGCUUGAACCCCAGUCUCCCAGGUCAAAGUCUAACCCCUCCCACACUGAUCUGUCCUAGGAUUAUCAACCUUUGCCAGCCCAGCUACUUGAGAUCCUUUGAAGAUGAGGAGACCCAGAUUCAAAUCCUCACUCCAUCAUGAAGCUCACUGGGUGACCUUGGGCCUGCUGCACUCCCAGUCUAACCUGCCUCACAGGGCUGCUGUGAUGAUAAAAUAGGGGAGGAGAGCCAUGUAUGCCUGGGUGAGGAAGCUUGAUGCCCCCCAGAUGUUGUUCCUUAGAGGAAAGGCAAGAUGUAAGUACAAUAAAUCAAUAAAUCAAUCAAUCAAUCAAUCAAUCAAUCAAUAAUAAUAAUUUAUUAUUUAUAUCCCGCCCAUCUGGCUGAGUUUCCCCAGCCACUCUGGGCGGCUUCCAAUCAAGUGUUAAAAACAAUACAGCAUUAAAUAUUAAAAACUUCCCUAAACAGGGAAGUAAGUGGAAGAGCAUUGUGUGUGUGGUCAUAUCACACGCUCAAGUUUGUGUGUUCACUGACACAGUCCUCUUGAAAUGCGUGUGUUUGUGUGUGCACAUAUUUCUAUCUUGGCUCAUGCUGUCCUGCGUAGCUGUCUGGGUGUGUCGAUGGCUUACAGCCGUCUGUGGUCUGCAGCUCACUUUGCAAGGCCGGGAUGAUACCCAAUUGCCCACAAGGCCCGGAGGAUCUGGUUUCUAGUCAUGCUCUGAGCUGGAUUAGUUAAUCACAAACACUGCAAAUCCCCGUGCACUUUCCCACGGCCUGAUCUUGGGGCUCAUCCCAGCUCUGCUUCAUAAUCUGCAGCAUCACUCCCUCUUUCCAGAAGCAAAGGUGGGGGGGGGGGGAAAUGCACCAUAAACCAGCCUGAGCUGCAGAUGAAGCCUGACAGGAAGCAGAGGUUCCCUGGGCAAGGGCAGGAGCCCAGCAGCAGAGCAGCAGCUUUGCAUGCUGAAGGUCCCAGGUUCAAUCUCCGGCAUCUCCAGGUAGGGCUGUGAGAGUCUUCCUGUCUGAAACUAUGGAGAACAGCUGCCAGUCAGUGUAGACAAUACUGAGCUAGGGGAACCAACUGUCUGAUUUGGAAUAAGCCAGUUUCCUAUGUCCCCAUGUUCAGUCCAGAGAUGAAAAGGUCCCGCCUUAAGAGUGGGGUAUGUACAGUGAUUUUAGACUCUGGACUUCCUGGCCUUAUGAAGGGGACAUGUUAAAUGGUGUUUUCCAGGGCCCUCUUACUCAUUCUACUCAGGGGUCCCCCAGAUCUCUGCUCCAAAGUCCUUCUCUGAUACGGCCACUGGGAACCUCAGGGCGAAACAGUGGGACAUCCCAAUGCACACAUCUGAGAAAGUCGUCUUUUUGAAUGCAUGAGGAUUGGGCCAUUGCUUCACCUAGAAAUGCUCAGCUCGGCUCUGACCAGGGAACACACAUACUCCACCAGUAAGCGGCAGCUCCUCCCUGGCCUCUGUUGUUAUAAACCAGAUCAUCAGUAAGAACCAUUUUUGCAUGUAACCAAGCCCAGAGGGAGGGCUGGCUCCCUCAGGCAUACUGCAGUCUCCCUCUGGUCCCAAGCCCCACCACUGUGCAGUUUUAGGGUUGCACGACCACUGUGGCUGCCCGGCUGCAAUGCUGCAGUGCUGCAGAAUGGAGUGUGAGUGGAGGAGGGCUCCAAAUUUUAGCAUCGCACAAGGUGCCACUGAAAUCUGAGAGCCCAAACUUUGCCACCAACCGCCCCUAGGGAAAAGGCAGAUGAGCAAGUUUGCAGGAGCAGCUGCUGAUCCUUCUGCUCAUGCCCACGGCUUUCUGGCGCUCGGAGUGGGUGAGCAAGUGGCAGGAGGAGCAGGGACAGGAGUUACAGGAUCCAAGCGCUCAGCAGCAGGGGCCCCUUCCAAAGCGAUGGACUGUGGCAGCUGCCUGGUGAGACUGACUCUGCAAGCUCCAUUUGACCCUCUUGUCCAUUAAGAAGAAAACUUACUCCCGCCUUCCAGGACUCCAGAGUUCUGGCUACUGAGUGCAAAGGCCCUGGGAUGAGUGACAGGCAUGUAGCACUUGAGAGCUAAACUGUAAUAGUUGUGGAAGUCUUUAUGCCAGGAGGGGAGGACUUGUGGCCCUCCAGAUUUUGCUGGUCUCCAAAUUUGGAAACAAUUACCAGCUGCAAUUAGACAGACACCUUGCAUCAGGAUGUUUAGGCAUUUACUUGAAGACUUUUUAAAGAAAGCUUUUCAUGACAUGUGGCCCAUUUAUUUAUGGGAUAUUGAUUUUACACCUAUAGAAAUAGUUUCCUUGUUUUUAGACUUCAUACAGAUGGCUUUAUUGUGUUUAGAGUUUGUUAGGGGGGUUUUCUGACUUGGUUGUCAAACUUAAUCUGUUCUGGGAGUCCGUUCGACUCCCGGAAUGGUUCAAAAACCAAGGUGCGUCUUCCGAUUGGCUGCAGGAUCUUCCUGAACUCAAUCAGAAGCCAUGGAAGCCACACUGGACAUUCAGCUUUCAAAAAAGUUCACAAACCAGAACACUCACUUCUGGGUUUGCAGCAUCUGGGAGCCAAAAUGUCUGAGUACCAAGGCAUUUGACAACCAAGGUAUGACUGUAUUUCAUUUUUAUCUUGUUGGCCCCUGCUUUAAUGACUUCAGGCUGUGAAGCACUUCAUAAAUUUGAAAUAUAAUGAUGGCAGCCUCAGCUCUCACCAGUCCCUGACCAGCAGGUCUACAGACCACGAUGGGAGUCGUAGUUGGGCAGCAUCUAGUAGGGUGCAGAUACCUCUUCUCUGUUUUAUGCCCAGUGAACAACAUGCUAUGGAAAGUGACAUACAGUGUCAGGCAGACAGGUCUAAGAGACACAUGAUCUAUCAGAUCUGCUGCCACAGCUGUGGAACUUCCUUCCCAGUGUGCCAGGAUCUUACUCCUACUCUUUCAAAUCAGCAAGUCAACUGAUUGAUUGAUUGAUUGAUUGAUUGAUUGAUGCAUCAAUCAAAGGCUUUUUAAUUGGCAAAAAUAUCAUAGCUGUUGAGGGAUGAAAGCAGGCAACGUGCAAACUCACCCUCUGAUGGGAACACUUCAUCCAUCCCUGCUGAUCCAUCAUAUCUAAAAAGGCAAGGGAGGGAUUUAUUUCUGCCAAGCCAUGUUCUCUGCCUGCUUGCCUCACCCCACCCACCAACACUCCACCUUCUUUUUAUCACAGCAGUUGGAAGACAGUUGAAUGUCUCCUUAAUCACAGAGGGUGAGGAAAGCUUUGCUUCUGCAGAUAAGGAACCAGGACCCUUUGGAACCUCUUCAAAAUCUGCAUGUGGACGUGCAAGAUGGGGAGGCUGUGCGCCUGACAGACGGCGGACACAAGCAGAUAUCCAGGAGCUGUGUUUUUGAGGUCAAUUUACCGAGUCUCUCUGCCGUUAUCUUUGUUUCUGUAUUUGUUCCAUUUUUUUUUAGCAGGGGGGUAGUCUUAUCAGCUAAUUCCUCCCCAUGUUUACCUUACGCUCUUGGCGGAGAAGAGCUCUUUGUGGUUAAAGUAGAGCUGCACCACAGGCAAGCCUUGGCUGAAGAAGGAACAUCUCAAGAUGGCUACCUGGGAAUGUGUGCUGAGCCCUCACAGAAACCUCUGUACUGCAGCUAGUGCAUGUAAGGAAGCCGAGGGUCAAAAGUCAAUUCCCUAAGGUUUUGGAAGGCUCAAUGCAUUUGAGAAGCUGUGACCUGAAGCAAGGAUCGGGGGAGGGGACGGGACGGACCUGUGGGUCUCCCAGAUGUUUUACUCCAACUCCCAUCAGCCCCAGCCAGCAUGGCCCAAUGGUUAGGGGUGCUGGGAGUUUUAGUUUAGCCACAUCUAGAGGGUCCCCGCACCUGCUGUACUGGAGUAAAAUAUGUUCCAGAGUCCUCUGGCACAGGGCCCUAACAAUUUAUCAGGCUAUUUGUCCAUUCAGCCCAUCUUGCCUUUUCUGUCUUGCAGAGGCUCUCCACAAAGAUCUUAAGCAGAGGUUGUUCACAUCACCAUCUACCUGAGACCCUUUUGAAAACACACACCUGAGAAUAGCAGGGACUGAACCCGGGCUCUUUAGCAAGGACUGGAAAGCUUAUGAUUACUCAUAGUGCUAAGAUCCCUUUCCCAAGCAGACUACAGUGGUACCUCGGGUUACAUACGCUUCAGGUUACAGACACUUCAGGUUACAGACUCCGCUAACCCAGAAAUAUUACCUCGGGUUAAGUACUUUGCUUCAGGAUGAGAACAGAAAUUGGGCUCCGGCGGCGCAGCAGCAGCAGGAAGCCCCAUUAGCUAAAGUGGCGCUUCAGGUUAAGAACAGUUUCAGGUUAAGAACGGACCUCUGGAACGAAUUAAGUACUUAACCCGAGGUACCGCUGUAUACUGUAACUCAUCAACGUCAGUGCCCUGGGAAGAUGGAGGAGGUUAAUCUGUCUCCAGCCAGAAGCGGGACUAAGGGAUCAUCCAGACUUCCUUUUGUGCCACAUUUCUAGGUGCAGGUCCAGCUUUUAAAGCGCCAUGUCCUGGCAGUCUCUCUCUCUCUCUCUCUCUCUCUCUCUCUCUCUCUCUCUCUGUGUGUGUGUGUGUGUUCUAGCGCUUUCCCCAGGAAAACGCACGUUUUACUGCUGAAUCUGGUUUUUCGCAUAUUACCGUUUCCUCCGAUUCAGUGGUAGAUUUUGCUGGGACAAAAAAUAAAACUGCUUGAACACAGAGCCUGAAAAGCAUGGCAGCAAAGGAAGCCUGGAUGAACCCUCAGUUGAGGUGUGCUCUGUUGAGCUUAGGGGAUGCAGCUGCUGCUGCGUCCUGAGAACCUGCUUCAGAAGUGGUGCAGGGCAGAAGCUCCGUGCCGCUUCUGAGCUGGGCCCUGUGCUUUCUUUGCACUGGAAAAGCAGCAGUGUGGAUGAGCCCUGCAAGAAGCAGCUGGGACAGGAGGUGGAAAGGGAGGGAGAGAGGAAAGAAGGGGCUUCUUUCAGCCUAAGGAGAUAAGAGGGGCAUGGAAGGGAGAGAGUCCUUGCAUCUUCCUGUCCUCUCCUCUAGUGUGCAAACCCAUCCUCAGGUUGACCACUUCUAGGGAGUCUUCACAGUGGCAUAGCUCAAUAAUUUUAGACUGGGCAGAAUGGUCUUACCCUGGUGGGUGGGUGCUCUUUAUCCGGUAAUGUGUAUUACUUCACUUCCUCCAAUAUGUGGGAAGUCAGUUCUGCUGCAUUUGGGGCCCUUUCUGCUUGUUCUGGGACCCCAGACCUCUGUUGUUGGUGCUGGUUGAACCAUUUUGUUGAAGAGACUGAGUUUCAGGCUCCAGACCUUUGCAUCCUUUCCUGUCCCUUCAAACAAGGUGGGGCUUGGCAGUGGCGGACCUUCAUGCUCUGGCACCGGGGCAGAGAGCAGGAGAAGGGGGGCUGGCGUACAUCCUGGGGGCGGGGCGCCCAGCGCGGGGGGGGCAGCCACAAUGGCACCCUGCCAGGACCACGCUGUUGGGGGCGGUGCACUCCCCCCGCACUCCUCUUCCUCCGCCAGUGGGGCUUGUCUCUAUCUAGCAGGGGCAGAGUAGAGGAGAUGCUCUCCUGAACAGGCCUGGGGCAGAACAUUGGCAAGCCAAUGCAGUGGCCAAGGCAUGUUCCUAACCCCAACCCUUCCUAGUCCCAUCAUGGAGGAUAAGGAAUCUUGAUGGCUCUGCUGUGUGCUUCUGAGUGCCAGUUGCUGGAAACUGCAGGAGGGGAGAGUGACUGUUGCUCUCAGGUCCUGCUUUGUGGCUUCCUAUAGGGAUCUGGCUGGCCACUGUCAGAAACGUGUGCUGGACUAGAUGGACCUUUGGCCUAAUCCAGCAGGGCUCUUCUUGUCUUCUUAUGCACCACUGGCUCCAUGAGGGUGCCUCUGCUCCACCAUGUGCUCCACUCCCACCAGUAACAGUGAACUUGCAGGCAAUGCACAGAAAGGUCUUUGACAGCCUCUCUCCUCUGACCUGGCCAGCUUCAAAGCCCUCAGCUCCUUUCCCAGCUCUCCGUCUCCCCAAAUGCCUCUCGGUUCAUGGGAGCUAUCUUCUCCCACAUCAGACCAUUGGUCCAUCUAGCUCAGUAGUGACUGAGGAAGAAGAUGACAGCAGGACAAUCACACUGAAAAGUGAGGGAAGGGACCCCCUUGCACUUCCUCUAUAGCAUUGUUUCUGUGGCACUCCUUUUUUCUGAACAGCAAAUAGGAUUCAAAAGGCUUCCGAGAUUCUGCCAGGUACUGUCCAUGUGCUCUCAAGCAUAUCAGUGAAAUCAUAAGGACUAGAAACUUCCUCCAUUUUUUUAAAAAUCCACCCACACCUGUGCAUGAAAGCAGAUGUGCCAGGAGGCUGGAUUCUGUUGCUGCACCUUUUCUCCACUUGCACAGAAUUGUGACACAAACUCAGCCCUGUGGUUUUAAUUGUUUGACUUAUUCAACCCUCAAAUCUUAAGGAGGGACAGAGUGGGCUGGCAAGUUUAGAAAGCUGCUGUUUUUACAAAGAUACCAGAGGAGUUGUUUUGGCAAAAACAGAGGGAGUUGAGAGGUGCGGGAUUCCAUUAAUAACCCCCCCCCCAAUAAUCUAAGCACUGCACAUAUUCUUAAGCCGGGAAUAAAUCUGACCUGGAGUGGAAGGAUUUUUCAGGUUUGUUGUUCAGAGGUUACAAAGGAAGCACUGAGUCAGACACUUUGCAGACCAUCUACAUUAAAUCUUCAGUCUCUUCCUUUCCUCUGUCUUGGAUGCGAAUUGUUCCACCAACAGUAACACUGCCCCCAUAAGAAAUAAGGGAGGGGGAAAGAGAUCUUUACUGAAGCCCAAAUAAAAUAAUAAUGGUAAAGUAAAACAAAACUGCCAUGAGACUCCAGACUUCAGAAGGAAACGAACCCUGAGAAGGCCUCUCCCCCUUCCACUGCAACUGUUUGGGAAAGAGGCAGCGCCACACAGAGCUGUUGUUGCGAGAUCAGUGGCUUCCACUUCCCAUUUUCUAAUUAAAGACUCUUCAGAGAACCAGGGGCGUUGCUAGGUGCUAAAAAAGGACCCAGGGGUGCAGGCCUAUGGCACAAAUUUGCAUCCAUUUUGCAUAUGCUAAUUUAAGGAUGUCUCUGGGCAAAAGUAGAGGGCAGGUGGCUGAGGACUCCCAGCACUGCCUGCUCGCUACUUUGCACCAUGGUCUGUGAGGGAUAUCAAGAGGCAACAGAGAUGUGCCCAGUGCCCAGCUGUCCUGUAAGCAUACUUAAAGAGAGAGAGAAAUUAAAAUAGGAGAGAAAGGGGCAGGAGAUCUCGAGCCAAGGAUCCCGCGGGGUGAGAUGGGGGGAGGAGAGAGAUUUGAGUCAGUUCACAUUUAAAGCUCUAUCAAACGCACAGCCCUUUCAAAUCCACAUGUUCCAAAAUAACACAAGAACCAAAACACAGAUACCCUUGGAAAUCCAAGUGGAGUAAGCCCACUUGAACACAGUGAGGCUUACUUCUGAGUAGACCAAGGGCUUUUCUGUUGGGACGAGAGGGUGCCAGGCCUGCUAGCUCUUGCAAUUCCUAGGACAUGAUCUAUGUUCCACUUCACUUGUAUUUUAUUCAUAGAUCCUCUACAAUUCUAUAUGCUUGUAGAACUUUAUAACGGGCACAGCAUACAACAUCCUAAAUAACUAAGGCAUACCUUCCAACAUUUCUCUGGUGAAAAUAGGGACAUCCUCUUCUGCAUCAGGAAGCUUCUCCCACGCUUGAUCUCGCCCCACACAUAGACGUUAUGCACCCAUGAACACAUAGAACACAUAGACAUCAAUCACAUAGAACACAUAGACAUCAAUCACCUUGAGUCAAUGACAGGAUGUCCUUGCAGGAUUGUUGUAAAGAAAAAAUGUCUGAGGGAAUGAACUGUGUAUAACACCUUCCACAGAUAAAUAGAAUAAAAUAAAAAUUUAGCCUUAAGCUGCCUUGAGUCCCUGUGAGGGGAAAAGGCGGGAUAUAGUAGCAGUAAUAGAAACUGUGAGAAAGCUCAGGAACACACGAUAGAAGAAAUCCUAUUGAACUCAGUGGGAUUAGGUUCUGAGUAAAAAUGCUUAGAAUUGCAGUGUAAGGCUGCCCAGUCUUUACCCAGUUACCUGGGAGUAAGCUCCACUGAAUACUGUGGGACUUACUUCUGAGUAGACAGUGUAAGGCUCCAUUUUCAAUAAAGGAAUAAAUACUCAUUAAAAACGGCUUGCUGCUGAAGCAUUGCAGUUCAUGGAUUUAAAGUGUACUGGUGACCUUUUCCUUUUCCUUCAAAAUUACAAGAAGGGCUUCGUAUGCCAGAUUUACCAUUUCCUUCAUUGGGUGCAGGGGUUUUAUUUUCAGGAUAAACAGGACUCCCACCCACCCCACUUUUAAUUGUUCUCUGAGAUGGGGAGGGGAGGGGAGGAAAAAGGAAAACCGGGACAUUCUGGGAUCAAAUCAGAAACCGGGACAUCUUGUGUAAUUUCAGGACUGUCCCUGGAAAAUCAGGACACUUGGAGGGUAUGCUAAGGUUGUGUUGUUGUUUGUAAAAAAGCACGUUUCUAGACCUCAUGGUGGCUGCAAGUAUGGAUUUCACAGGGAGAAGAGAAGUAGGAAGGUUUAAGUGCUCUGUAUAGCAGGUGUCUUCUGGAAAAAAAACAGAACAGAUGGUGCAAAUUUGCAUGACUUAUGCAGGUCGCAUCCUUCUGGGCAUGUCAUUUGAGUGGCUUUGGGUCAUGUGUUUUAAAUGCAUGUAAUGCUCUGCCUGUGCCCACCCAGAUGAUGCCAAUGCUGGUACCUUGGGGAGGAUGAGCUUGAGCAACAUUUACUGAAACAUGAUGGGCCAUUGGAGUUCAUUGAGCCUUUUGCAUUGGAGGACAAGAAGAUUCACUCAAUUAGAGUUUUGAUGGUUUCGGAAGUGGCACACUGCCCUCCAGUGGCCAGACAGCUGAACUGAACAAAACAACAACAACAUGCAGCUCUCUCUCUCUCUCUCUCUCUCUCUCUCUCUCUCUCGGCUGGGCCAGACGUUUUGCUUCCUGGGAGGCAAAGGUCAAGAUGGUGCCCCCUCCCACUCCACAUACACAUACAGAAGCUGAACAGACUGGCACCUGAAUGUUAGUUCCACACUGGUGACAGUUUGGGAGAGUGUCCUCUACAACACAUGAGGCAACCAGGGGCGCUUAGUCCUCCCAGGAGGAAAGGGCCAGGGAGGCCUUAGGAGGAAGAGUCCAGGGGAUCCUGACCCUGCCCACCAGCACCUGCUGCCUCACCAGGCCUAAUGGCAGAGUGUCUCAAGAGACCUCCCCUCUCAACCCCAAUUGUACGACAUUACAGCAGGAUCAUGAGCCCUCUCCCUACAGUGUUGGGCAAUGUCUUUCGACUUAACCUGAAACAAAUACAUAUUAAAAUGAAUGUGUAGAAUCAAGCAACAAACUACCAGUGUUCUAAAUUUCAAACAGUUAGUUUUCCUGAAGUCCACCAGUGGACAAUGCAAGGUACCUGACCUCCCUCUAGCCAAUAUGGUCCUGCAUCCUGGGAUGGAGAGGGGAAGGGACAAUGUGGCAGCAAGGUUGUCGCAGUGGAAAUGCUCCAGCAGGAGCUGCAUUGGAUUGGCUCUGCUGAUGUGUUGACCCCAUGACAAUCUCAGAGUUCGCUGGGAAGAAGGAUUAAACCACUCUGGGAAUCUGUGAGGGGAACAAGGCUUUCUAAUAAGUCUGAGCACCCUUAACAAACUACAGUUCCCAGGAUUCUUUUUUUUUAAAAAAAAUGAUAUUUAUUGAAGUUUCACAUAAAAAGAGACAUCUUAAUAAGAGAUAAGAGAGAGAGAAAAAAAGAAAUUUAAAAAUAAAAAGAGAAAUACACCAUACAACAUACAAAAGAAAAAGAAAGAAAAAACAGUUAAAAACAAUUCCAUCUUUUCAUCAUAACUUUUACUUUAACUUAUUUCCCGGACCUCCUCAUACCUCCCUCUUUUGUAUUCCAAUUCAAUUUGUUUGUUCAGCAAUUCCUUUCCCUCCUUUUUAAUACCAAUCCUUAAUCUUAAUAUAAUAUAACAUUAAAUUUUAACCUAUUAAAAGCCAAUUUUCCAUUUCUUUUAACUUUUUUAAUCCUAAUCCUUAAUCUUGAUCUAUAUAUAACUUUAAAGCCUGUACAGCUAGAAGCCACUUCAUUUCAAUCCAACAUCACUCUAACAUUCUUUAAUUUUGCAAUAUUUCCGUAAGUAAUCUUUGAAUUUCUUCCAAUCUUCUUCCACCGACUCUUCUCCCUGGUCACGGAUUCUGCCAGUCAUUUCCGCCAAUUCCAUAUAGUCCAUCAAUUUCAUCUGCCAUUCCUCCAGUGUGGGUAGCUCUUGUGUCUUCCAAUACUUUGCGAUGAGUAUUCUUGCUGCUGUUGUAGCAUACAUAAAGAAAGUUCUGUCCUUUUUCAGCACCAAUUGGCCGACUAUGCCCAGGAGAAAGGCCUUUGGUUUCUUCAAGAAGGUAUAUUUAAAUACCUUUUUUAGUUCAUUAUAUAUCAUCUCCCAGAAAGCCUUAAUCUUUGGGCACGUCCACCAAAGGUGAAAAAAUGUACCUUCAGUUUCUUUACAUUUCCAACAUUUAUUAUCGGGCAAAUGGUAGAUUUUUGCAAGCUUGACUGGGGUUAUGUACCACCUGUAUAUCAUUUUCAUAAUAUUCUCUCUUACGGCAUUACAUGCCGUAAAUUUCAUACCUGUGGUCCAUAACUGUUCCCAGUAAGCAAACAUAAUGUUGUGUCCAAUGUCUUGUGCCCAUUUAAUCAUAAUGGAUUUCACCGUUUCAUCCUGAGUGCUCCAUUUCAACAGCAAGUUAUACAUUCUUGACAAAGUCUUAGUUUUGGGUUCUAACAGUUCUGUUUCUAAUUUUGAUUUUUCCACCUGGAAGCCAAUUUUCUUGUCCAAAUUGUAUGCCUCCAUUAUCUGAUAAUAAUGAAGCCAGUCUCGCACUUUGUUUUUAAUUUUUCAAAACUCUGCAAUUUCAGUCUAUCUCCAUCUUGUUCCAAAAUUUCCCAAUAUUUCGGCCACUUGACCUCCAUAUUGAGCUUUUUCAAGGCUUUCACUUCCAUUGGUGACAGCCACCUUGGAGUUUUGUUUUCCAAUAAAUCCUUGUAUCUUAUCCAAACAUUAAACAAUGCUUUCCUGACAAUGUGAUUUUUAAAUGCUUUAUGUGCUUUAACCUUAUCAUACCACAGAUAUGCAUGCCAUCCAAAUACAUUGUUAAAACCUUCCAAAUCCAAAAUGUCAGUGUUUUCAAGAAGCAGCCAUUCUUUCAGCCAGCAAAAAGCUGCUGAUUCAUAAUAAAGUUUAAGGUCUGGCAGGGCAAAUCCACCUCUUUCCUUUACAUCUGUUAGUAUUUUAAAUUUUAUUCUGGGCUUCUUGCCCUGCCAGACAAAUCUGGAAAUAUCUCUCUGCCACCUCUUGAAACAGUACAUUUUGUCCACAAAUUGCAAUGUUUGAAACAGAAAUAACAUUCUAGGCAAUACAUUCAUUUUUACCGCAGUAAUCCGGCCCAGCAGUGAAAGCUUCAAAUUUGACCAGAUUUCUAAAUCUUUUUUCACUUCAGCCCAACAUUUUUCAUAGUUAUCUUUGAAUAAAUUCCCAUUUUUUUCUGUCAUAUUAAUCCCCAGGUAUUUGACUUUCUUAGCCACUGUUAAACCUGUCACAUUCUGAAACCUUUCUCUCUCCAUUGGUGUUAAAUUUUUCUCUAAAACCUUAGUUUUUAACUUGUUCAAUUUAAAUCCUGCAACCUGACCAAAUUCUUCAAUCAAUUAUAAAACCCUUUUGGUACUAGAUUCUGGCUCCUGUAACGUCAGUACUAAGUCAUCUGCAAAUGCUCUCAGUUUGUACUGUUUAGUUCCGACUACAGUUCCCAGGAUUCUUUAAGGGAAGCCAUGACUGUUUAAAGUGGUGCAGUACUGCUUUAAAUGCAUAGUGCAGAUGGGGCCCCUGUGUGGGCAAUGUCUACUCUAGUCUUAAAAGUCACAAUGAUUGCUAAGUUUUCCAGUUGCUAUUAUGGGGUUGGCCUCAGCACCAAGUUUAGUUCACUGCACAUUGCUUAUGUCUAAACAGAAACCAGAAGACGCUGCAAGAAACAGUGAAACAGAAUGAGGACUAAAUGAACUGUGUAUAAAAUGAUAAUAAUAAAAUAUGUACAUCUG